AUGGAAAUCAAAGAGGAAGGCACGUCAGAAGAAGGCCAGCACUUCCUUCCCACACCCCAGGCAAAUGAGAGUGGGGACUUCCACCUGACAAGUAUUCAGAAGACGCCAAAUGAACCACAGUUGGAAUUCAUCCUUGCUUGCAAGGAUCUGGUGUCUCCUGUCCGUGAUCGGAAGCUGAAUACCCUGGUGCAGAUCUCCGUAAUCCACCCCUCAGAGCAGGGGCUGACAAGAUACUCCAGCACGGAAAUUGUGGAGGGAACAAGAGACCCACUGUUUUUGACGGGUGUCACUUUCCCAUCUGAGUAUCCCAUCUAUGAGGAGACCAAAAUAAAACUCACAGUCUAUGAUGUCAAGGAUAAGUCUCAUGAUACCGUUCGAACCAGUGUCCUGCCUGAACAUAAGGAUACCCUGCCGGAGACUGGGCGGAGUUUCCUGGGCUAUGCCAGUUUUAAAGUGGGGGAGCUACUGAGAUCAAAGGAGCAACUGCUAGCCCUGAGCCUGAGAACUUCAGAUGGUGGCAAAGUUGUUGGCACCAUAGAAGUCAGCGUCGUGAAGAUGGGGGAGAUUGAGGAUGGGGAAGCCGACCACAUCACAGCAGAUGUGCAGGGACAAAAGUGUGCACUUGUAUGUGAAUGUUCAGCACCAGAGAAUGUGAGUGGAAAAGACAACUUACCUUUUCUGAAUGCAGUGUUAAAGAACCCGGUGUGUAAAUUAUAUAGAUUUCCCACAUCUGACAAUCAGUGGAUGCGAAUCCGGGAGCAGAUGUCAGAGAGCAUACUUUCUUUUCAUAUUCCUAAGGAAUUGAUCUCUCUUCACAUAAAAGAAGAUUUGUGUAGGAACCAGGAGCUAAAAGAACUUGGUGAACUCUCUCCCCAUUGGGACAAUCUACGGAAAAAUGUCCUUACUCACUGUGAUCAAAUGGUCAAUAUGUACCAAGAUAUUCUGACAGAACUCAGCAAGGAAACAGGGUCCUCUUUUAAAUCAAGCAGCAGCAAAGGAGAGAAAACAUUAGAAUUUGUUCCAAUAAAUCUACACCUGCAGAGGAUGCACGUACACAGCCCUCACCUGAAAGAUGCCCUCUAUGAUGUUAUCACUGUGGGAGCCCCAGCUGCCCAUUUUCAGGGAUUUAAGAAUGGAGGUCUUCGUAAACUACUCCACAGAUUUGAAACUGAAAGAAGAAAUACUGGUUACCAGUAUAUUUACUAUUCACCUGAAAACACAGCCAAAGCAAAGGAAGUUCUCAGCAACAUCAAUCAACUACAACCUCUGAUAGCAACCCAUGCUGACCUACUGCUUGAUUCUGCAAGCCAGCAUUCUUCAGACAGCUUGAAGAAUUCUUUAAAGAUGCUUUCAGAAAAAACAGAGCUUUUUGUUCAUGCUUUUAAGGAUCAGCUGGUCAGAAGCGCUCUCUUAGCACUUUACACUGCCAGGCCAGGAGGCAUCCUUAAAAAGCCACCCUCGCCCAAGAGCAGCACAGAGGAGAGCAGUCCCCAGGACCUACCCCCACCAAUGAGAAGGCAGGACUCCAUACCCCAUCAUUCGGACUACGAUGAGGAAGAGUGGGAUAGGGUGUGGGCCAAUGUGGGGAAGAGCCUGAACUGUAUUAUUGCUAUGGUGGACAAACUGAUUGAAAGUGAUGGUGGUAGUGAAGACAGCGGUGACAGCAGAGAUGGAGAACAGGACCUUUCUGUCGUGGACUCCAUUAAAACUCAUCCAAGGGAGGACUGGUAUGAACAGUUGUACCCCCUCAUCCUUACCUUGAAGGACAGCAUGGGGGAAGUGGUGAACCGAGCCAAGCAAUCCCUGACCUUCGUGCUCCUUCAGGAACUGGCCUACAGCUUGCCUCAGUGUCUGAUGCUGACUCUGAGAAGGGACAUCGUCUUCAGCCAAGCACUUGCUGGAUUGGUCUGUGGUUUUAUCAUCAAAUUACACACAAGUCUGCAUGACCCUGGCUUCCUACAGCAGCUUCACACGGUGGGAUUGAUAGUACAAUAUGAAGGACUGCUAAGUACAUACAGUGAUGAAAUCGGAAUGCUGGAGGACAUGGCUGUUGGCAUUUCAGAUUUGAAGAAAGUUGCAUUUAAAAUAAUUGAAGCCAAAUCCAAUGAUGUCUUGCCAGUUAUAACAGGGAGACGUGAGCAUUACGUGGUGGAGGUGAAACUUCCAGCCAGGCUAUUUGAGGCUCUCCCUCUUCAGAUUAAAGAAGGGCAGUUACUUCAAGUGCAUCCUGUACUUUUUAAUGUUGGGAUCAAUGAACAGCAAACUCUUGCUGAGAGGUUUGGAGAUGUUUCUUUGCAAGAAAGUAUUAAUCAGGAAAAUUUUGAACUUCUAAAAGAAUAUUACACGAUAUUUAUGGAAAAGAUGCCUCCUGAUUACAUUUCACAUUUUCAUGAACAAAAUGAUUUAAAAGGAUUACUAGAAAAUCUCCAUCAAAAUAUCCAAGCCAAAAAGAGGAAGAAUGUAGAAAUCAUGUGGCUGGCUGCAACGAUUUGUCGUAAACUAAAUGGUAUUCGUUUCACCUGCUGUAAAAGUGCCAAAGACAGGACAUCGAUGUCAGUGACACUUGAGCAGUGCUCCAUCCUGAGAGACGAGCACCAGCUGCACAAGGACUUCUUCAUCCGCGCACUGGACUGCAUGAGAAGAGAAGGAUGCCGCAUAGAGAAUGUACUGAAGAAUAUCAAAUGCAGAAAGUAUGCUUUCAACAUGCUACAGCUGAUGGCUUUCCCCAAGUACUACAGACCUCCAGAGGGGACUUAUGGAAAAGCUGACACCUAA